AUGAUCUACUCUCUGCAAACUCAUGUCAAAGUGUCAGAACCCAACAGAAAAAAAUACAUCAACAUCAUGACAUUUUCAUCAUCUCCACAACAGCAGCUGAUAAGAACACUUACAACAACAAUAUUCAUACUAUUAUUCAUCACAUCUUUCAUCCAUGCCAAUGUCUAUGACUUUUUACAUAAUGCCACUAUCAAGACACAAUCAACAAUAACAAAUUAUAAUUCCCUGAAUGCGACUAUUGUAAAUAUACCGAUUGCUUAUCAAGUUUAUGUAAACAAAUUGGCAAAACUUCAAACAGGAUCAUCAACAUUUGAAGAUGUCUCUGAUUUUAUUGGUAGUUCAUUGGAUUUUCUGACAUCUUCAACGAAUCCUAGAUGUGUCAUUUCACAAGAUUAUGACACCUUUCCAAGUAUUAACAAGUAUAAGGAAACGUAUAAUACUAUUGUGAAAAGCAUGUCAAAUGCCUCGGAUGUUUGUAAUAAUCCUACUGUGAUUAAUACGGGAUCGAUACCUAUUGAAACGGCUCACUAUUCGUAUAUUAUUAAUCAAGUUUCUCCUAGUGUGGUUAUUUCUACAUUAGAUUCGUAUGAAAAAUGGUUGAAUAUUUUGAGAAAUUCUAUGGUUUCGAAGAAUACGAGACUUUCACUUUGGAAUGCAACAUUUAGUGAUGCAUUCAAGACACAACCAGUGCAUAAUGCACCAUUUUCUUUUGAUUUUGUUCCUUAUUCAAAUUGGAGUAAACUCUACACAGAUAGUACAAUGAGAAAGGAGCUGAUAUCAUAUCUUCAGGAGGAUAUAGUGACGGAUAUGGCCUUGUUUAAGUUAUUCUAUUCUACACAUUUGAAAAAUAAUGGAACUGGACUUGCUUAUUCACCAAUUAGUAGUAAGAGUGUAAAUUGUGGCUCAAUAUUUACCAAUUCUACACUCAGAUAUCAAUAUCAUGCAGCCAUUAUGAGGAUUAAUGCUCGAUUGGCCUAUUUUCUUACCAAAGCACCAACUGGAUCGAGUAGAAAUGUUUCUACAGUAUUUAACUUGGCACUAUUCAAUGCCAAAACAUAUUUUGAUGAUUCAGUUGUUUCCAUUGAUUAUAGUUUCAAUUUUGAAGCAACUAGAAGAAUGUUAUUCAAUGGAAUAUUUGAUGACUUUCUUUCUCUAUUCAUCAAAAAUCCUUCCAGCAAAUAUUUGACAUUUACCUCAUCUGAUUUGCAAGAUGUCUAUGCUUACUUUGUUCAUCCAGCAUGUUUCACUUACUAUUAUACCUACAGCCAAUUGUAUCUCAGCACAACAGACUCUACUUCACCAAUAAUAGCCAAUGAUGCCAUUUACAUUACAAUUGCGAGUGUUGGAUUUUUAAUUUUCAUGACUAAUUUAUUUGCCUACUUUUUAGGAUUUAAAAUCAUGACCAAGAAGAGACUCUUCUUACCAUUGUCUGCUCCUCCAUUCCUAUUUACAUUGUGCAUUUUCUUUGUGUAUGGAGUCAAGUCGAAUAUUCCAACUGAAUCUUAUUGGGUUCAAAUGGCUUUGGCAUUCUUCCCUGCUCCAUUAUUUAUUGCCUCAUAUUUAGUUUCAGUUUCCAGAUUUACCUAUUUGAAGAAUAUUGAAAAGUGCACCAAGUAUUGUUGCAAAUCUUUGAGAUUUCACAGAUGCAUGACCUCUAGAGGAAUUUCCAUAUUUGCUGCAUUAUUUUUGACUAUAUUCCUCUUCAUUGUUUGUGGCAUUCCAAUCCUGAUUGUUUUAGUUGCUCUUGUCUUUUCAUUUGUCAAUUUCCCAACUGAAAUUGUUAUUUUAAUGAUUGCUAUCCAGACAAUUUUAUUGCUUUUCAUAGCAACUUUAUUCUUUAUAUUUGAUUUGGCCUCCUCUGGUAUCAAUACAAUCAAAAAGAAGGGUCUCUCCUAUUAUUUGGCUUUUGACGAUCCAUUCAUGUAUAGAACAGAUCUCUUCUUGAUGUUUAUCAUGUUUCUCUCGGCCAUUCCUUUCAUAACAGGUGCCAUUCAGGAUUCUUUCGAUUUCUUUGUUUUGAGAAAGAUUGCCUCCAUCAUUUAUUUCCUUUGUUUCUAUCUAGUUUUGGGAGGAAGUGUUUCUUUGAAAUUCUGGUUUGAUACCCUUUCAAAACUUGUAAGAAAGAAAACAGAUAUUACUCAUGACUUGCAAAAGUACAUGAAUGUGGAAUCAUUCAGAGAAAUGUUCAAAUCAUAUUGUGAAAAUGAAUUUUCAAGUGAAAAUUAUCUUUUAUAUGAGGAAUUGGAAAAAUUACAACAGAAAGGAAAAGUCUAUGAGGAUGAUCUUGUCAGAAUUAAUACAUUGUACUUGGCCAAUCGUGCUCAAUAUGAAGUCAAUUUGCCAUCUGUCACCAAGAGAAAGUUUAGAGAGUUAUUGGAAGAUUUUGACAUUACUGCUUUUGAAGGAGGAAGUAUUGAAUCAGAUUCUUCCAUUCCACUCUCAGAUACAUCAGGUUCCUCCUCUCAAGCACUAGUUUCCAGUCAACCAAAAAAGAAGAAAUGCAUCACUGUUCAACAAUUGAAAGAUGUUUUAGCAUUUGAAGUUGUCAAAAACAUGGUCGACACUUACAGUAGAUUGGAAUUGACUUCUGAAUUUAACAAAUGGAAAGAAUUGAAUGAUUUUAAAGCAGAACAAAUGGGAGUCGAUGUUUAA